UUCAAGUCCAUCAACUUUUAAUCUAUGGUUCUUUUAGAACGUCACCUAAUUUCUGUCAAAAACAAUGUUUUUUGAUAAUUUUUUUUCUAGGACAUGAAGAAAAUGCACGGAGCUUACGAGUAUGUGAGUUCCGUUUCGCAAGCUACGACGUAUCUGCGAGAUUCGUUCAAAAGUGAAUUUAAUGACCUCCCAGAUCAUUUGCAAAUAAGCUAUGAGUGCGAUAAAAAUCCCUGGCAGAAUAUAUUCAUGCAGGACUUUAUCAUGGUCGCUGAAUUUUCUGAACACGAAGGCCCAAGACCAUUGUUCACAAUACCAGAUGAUGCAGGCAAAAUCUUCGAUAAGAAUGCUUUUUCAGUUCAUGUGAUGUCUGUUGAUUACCAUGCACAAUCUGGGGUUUUAUUUUCACUUGUUGAUGACACACAACUUAUAUUUUCUGAAGACAGAGAAAAUAUUUAUGCCUAUGUGCAUCAUUUUAUUUUACAUGAUAUUGAGGCAAGGGGUUUUGUCCGGCCUUAUUGUAUGUGUUACAUUAGCAACUGUAAAAAAAAGAUUAUGGACAAUUUGGAGAAUUUUAUUGAUGAAUUUAGUAAGAUUUCAAACCAUUUUAAAGCAGCCAAUAAACCUUUGUUCCUUGACGAUCUCAAGCAAAGACUAGCUGAUCUGAAAUAUGUCCAAGAUUGUCUUGAAAACAUUGAAAGUGAAGAUUCAGAAUGGGUAGAAGUUUCACAGAAAGCAUGUAAGAACCUGCAGGGUUUGAAUACAGAGACAGUCGACUCUAUGUUGACUGAAGCAGAAAGAGCCAUCACAGUCAUGAAGGCUGCAAAGACUGCAACCAGGGAAAAUACUGCUGAGGGUGAAGUUGAGAAGAAUUCAUCUACUGAAAGUUCAAAAAAGUACGCAAAUAAAAAUUAUGAUGAAGAAGUGCCUAAAUUGACAGCUAAUGGACAAGAUACUUCAUGUUAUGAGCUUACACCAGGAGGACAAAUACAUGAUGAAAUCAUUGAACGUUUGAUUCGUGAACGAAAAAGGCAUUUGAUAGCAUUAAGGGAUAUUCAUGCUUUGUGUGGAUACCGUGCGGUAGAAGGGCUAGCAUCUCUUCAGAGAAUACAUCAACAUUUUUAUCAACCAUACGAAGUGUUUUCCAUCAUCAAAGAAGAAACGCCAUUGUUAGAUCCCUUUUCAUCAUCAUUUGCCAUUGGCAGUAGUUUCGUUAUGAACUUCCGAAAGGAUAUUCAUCUUUCGAAGGUGGACUCAACCGCAUUUUUUUCAUCUGAUGCCUUCUCGAAAAACUCUUUCGAAAGUGCUCGCAGUGAACUGAGUAGCGAAUCAUUCCAAUCAUGUGUCGAAGACAAUGAAUCAGAUCGCGAAGGAUUUUUCGAAGAAAGAAGGCGGUUCUUUACUCACACCCCUUUCUCUGUUAUGACCACGAAGGAUUUGAUUGGUGGAGGCAACUUUUCGGACGGCAUUUCAGACUGGGCUAGUUCAUUCAACGGUAGCCCGUCUUCGGCCAGCCUCGCUGACCUUAGCGAUGAUUCAACAAUAGAACGUUCAUACACCCCCACUCCACUUGUCUCAGACACAGAGCCAAUCCUCGCACCCAGUUCCCGCGCAAGCCUCGCACCCAGGCCUCUCAGUGGCAGCACUGGCGAUCUUCCUUCGACAGGCAAGAAUUCAUCAUUACCAUUUCGAAGACAGUUUUCUGCCGUCGAGACUCAAACUAACCACCUGAAGGACAUGCUCAGGGACGUUCUGCCAUCGACAAAAAAGUCGGAAAAUGUUCAAGAGGAAGAAGACGUGGCAUUUUUUGCGCCUGGUUCCACCCCCCAGUAUAAAGUGAUAUACAAAGAUAUGUGCGAGGUUGGUUUGUCGGAGACUGGAUCUGGCGAUGGGCGGGUUGGAAUGAGAAGGCUGGAGAAAAUUAAUCUUCAGUGCUAUGCCCAGCAGCUGUGUCGUCGUAAGUCUGACGGACCAGGUGGUGGUGUUCUUCGUGUUCUCAGAAACCAUGGUUAUCUUGUUCACUUGCUAUAUGCCUUGUUGAGCGGUAGAACUGUUGUGAUCCUGGCAGACUCUGCUCAUCAAAGGAAUGUUGAAAACUUAAUCACUUCUCUAUGGUUGUUUGUGCCUGGAGACUGCAGAACUUCUCAACAAGUUGUUUUAUGGAGAACUAAGCCUUUGAAGUUGUCUGAUUUAGGAAGAAUUAAAUUGGUCGGUCUAGCAAAAUCAAAGCAAUUCAAAAUCCUGCCUAAUUCAGUUCAGAUGUACGUAUCUAUGCUUGAUUAUGAAUCUGGUACUCUUACCACGCCACCUUAUCAGGGUGAAUUUUUAAACGAGAUGCUGGCUUUACGAAGAUAUUGGAAGAGCGAUGCGAUGUUUAUUUCAUACAUCCAUAGUGUCUUCCUUGAGAUCAGCCUGAAAGCAUUCGUCUGCUUCUGUGCUAUUUCACUUCGCAGCUCAGCCACAGACGCAAACUUACCAUGGAAAAAGAGGAAGUUGAUUCCGAGGGAAUUCUCUUUGGAGUUUAUGACAGAUAUUCUCGAUGCUCUUGGUGUUCUUGGUUCUGAUGUUCGUAUUGUGAUGUAUAUUUUGGAUCUCGUUUCACAUCAACAAAUUGCAGACCUGCCGUCACAACGAUUAACAGACAAUGCUUCGUUGGAUAGCUUAAGUUUGGGGAGCGCGAACUCGUGUGAAAACUCAGAUUCCUCAAGUCACAUGUCAAAAACUCGUCCAAUCACGUUAGACUUUACUCAACGUGUCGUGUAUAAAAGAGGCAGCGACCGUCCAGUUUUAGGUCCAAUGUGAUGAACCGUUAUCCCUGACUACCCUGGCGUAUCCCGUCUUCUCCGGUGUGUAGCUGGCCAUCCCAUUGGAACGACGGUA